AUGCCCGGCCGCUCGUCGGCCGCCCCGGGCCCCGGGAAUGUUGAUCUGGUUGAGUUGGAUCUGCUACCGCGCGGGGCCGGGGCCUUCGAUGGGCUAUCCUUCCGGUCGGUGAACGGCCCGCGGCCAAUUCGACUCCCAGCGCCGGGGUUACGCUCCUCGGCCCUCUACAACCUGGAUGGGUCCUUGGUUCAAAGCCUUCGGGCGGGCAUUCGCGAUGGGUCGCUGCCCCUGCAUGAGCCCGGCCGGGGCGCCAAACGUCGCCGAGGUGGAGCCGAGGACAGUGACGACGACGACGACGACGACGAGGAUGGGCACCAGCCAGGGGAGGAAGAAGAUGACAAGGCGGCGACUUGCCAUCCGGAUGAGGCCGACGAUCUGGCCUCCCUUCCGUGUGACCCCUCCGAUCCGUUUGUCACCAGUGGACGACCCACUCGCGGGUCCCUUCGCCUGUAUCCGAGCCACACCUCCUCCAGCCAUGGGUCCUUCACGCUGUGUACCCCACACCACCCGGCCGAGCACCAAGACCGCACCCACUACACCAAUGCCAGCACCGUGUAUCCGACGCGCUUUCGGCGCUUCGUGUCACAUGGAGAGCCUCCCGAAUAUCUGAUCAACUCCCAGGUCUCGUACGCCCAGUCGCGCCUUGGUCCGGGCGCCGUGCCGGACGACCUGCUGACGUCCCUCGUCACCGAAGCUCUAACCCAGGAGGCGGACCCCUGGCGGGAGGCCAUGCAUGUCGGGAGCUGCAUCGGCUUCUCGCCGUCCGGCCUCGGGGCGACCCUCACUUCGGAGAAUGUCAAAACCGCAAAGCGGCGCCAAGGCCACCACACUUGCGGCCCGGCCGAGGGACUUGAGGCCCUGCACUCGGACCCGAGCCUUUGGCUGGACCAGGGGCUGCUACUGGCUGCUGGCGGCACGCGCGGGGAGGGGGUUCGCCAUGGGCGCUUUGUCAACCUCUACCGGCUGCCGGCCAGUUCGGCUCCGCUCGACCCCCUGCCCGCCCUGUUUCCCGAUCAGGGCGGCUCCCCGGCGGCCAGUACCCUGCGCCACUCGCCGCUGGUGGAUGCCAUCCCCGUCGAGGAGAGUAUCAAUCAGCUCCUGCCGACAUUUGCCUACCAUGAUGCUUUCGGGUUUUUGGCUCGCCACGACCGGCGCAUCAGCUUCGCCGGAGUCGCGCUGCGGACCAGCCCCCUGUGCGAUUGGACCGGCAGGCCGACCCUCUCCGGGCUGAGCUUCAUGGCCAGCGGGGACUUCGAGCUGCCCGGGCCGGGCCGCUGGUCGGAUGCCUGCCUCAGUCCGUGGCCCGGGGCCGGGGACGGCGCGCCGGUUGCCGCGGCGAUUUCCAGCCGCGGAUGUGUCUACCUGCUGGAGGGCCCGACGGCGCUGGCCGGCGGUAGCGCCCAUGCCAGCCCCAAUGUGGCCGCCUGCCGGCAGGUGUUCCAGCUGGCCGGCUCGGCCGAUGCGCUCUACUCCCCGGAUGGGCCGUUCACCUGCGCCUUCGGUUCCCAUCCGCUGGUCUUGGAGGUGGCCAGCUCGCGGGCUCUCUGCCUGGUGGACCUGCGGACGCCGCCGCGCGAGGCGACCGUGCCGUUGUUCAAGCUGUCUGGCCUGUCGGCCGACGCGCCCGGCUCCUCCGGAUCUCGGGCAGCCCGCCACGCUCUCAACACGACGCUCGGCGCCAGCCGCUCAUUGUGGGUCUGUCCGCCACGCAAUCCCGGGGUGGACCUGCGCGAUGCACAGCGGUCUCACCAUCGAAAGCGCCGGGCCGGCCGGCCCGAGGCCAUCUGCCAGCUGGCCAAAACCGGGCCAACCGGGCCCUUCGAAACGCUGAUCCUGACGACGGAGCGCUCGGCUCUGCUGGACCACCGGUAUGGCCGGCGCCCGGUCCUCGAGUGGACCCCGCCCGCCGCCGGGACUUGGGUCUCUGGCACGGCCACCCUCCCUCUUCACAUCCUUGACCGAUCGCUGCCGGGCGAUGUACAUGCCUGUGCCACAUGGAGCCACGCCAGCGGGGAGUUCUCCCUCGCGGCCUUCGAUGGGGCUGAGGUCUUGACGCCCCUCGCUGCCGGGGCCGGCGUUCACCUGCCGGGCGCCAUGUCUCCGUCUGUUGCUGCCGGGGUCCGGCUCCGGACCACGCAUGGCAGCAUCUUUGCCAGUCGGGACCCCUGGCGCGCGGAGUCCCUGGCCGGCUUGUGUGUUGUUCCCCCCUCGCCGGCCGGCCAGCCCGGGGCCCUGGUCAGCUUGAAUCAGUUUGGCGCGAUCACCUUCCACCGGCCGGUGGCGGAGGAGCAUGCGGCCUCCACGCGGUCUCUCCCCCCGGAUGUGCUUCCCGGGCGCCCGCUCGGCAGCUCCCUGCACAAUCCCAUGAUGCCGGCCGAGCCGCCGGUUCCGGCCUUCGCCCUGGAUCUGAGCCUCUACAAGCAGCGCGAUCUGCCUGACACGCCCGAGGGCCAGCGCGUCACCUCCGGCAUGCUGAGCCCGAUCAUGCCGCUGGAGGGCGACGCGGACCGGUACUACUCGCAGCUGGAUGCGCGCACUCUCUUCCAGUACCUCACGAAGGAUUUACGCCGCUCGGACCCCGAGUUGGACCCGCUGUUGCGCGCGCGCGAGCCGUGCGACUGCUUCCUCCUUUCCGGCGACCUGGUGGACCACUAUGUGCGGAAGAUCGCGCGCGCACGGGCCCGCACACGCGAAACCAUCCUUCGGUCGCGCUUUGCCGAUGACAAAAUCCACCUUUCGGAUGCCGAAUGGGCCCAGCUGCUGGAGGCGACCGACACCCAACAGCCGAUCACCCUGCUUGAUGUGGCGGAGACGCUGGAGCUGUAUUGCCGACGCUCGGCAGCGCGGUAUGUGCAGGAUCCCCUGCGCCCGGAGCAGGCCACCCUCUAUGAUCGGAAGGCGCAUGCCUCGUACGGGCGAAACAUUGCCGAGGAGUUGGGUGAGGCGUUUGCCCCCCUGCUGGACCCGUCGGCCAUCGGGCGCGGGGUGCACAGCGUGGCCCUGGCCCUGUGCCAGGCUCUGGCCGAUGGCCGGGUUCAGCUGGCCCUGGCUACUGAGGGGCCGGAUGCCCAGGCCGGGGGUCUUUUGCGUCUCUUCCCCGGGGGCGAGCCCCUUCGGUCCGCGGGACAGGCAGCCUCGGCCGGGGUCUCCGGGCUGGUGUGGUCGACAGCCGCGCAGCCGCUUGGCCCGCUGCCGCCGCAGCUCGAGCCGCUGACCGAUGCGGCCCUUCCUUUGGUGGAUGUGGAAGGGUCGCGACCCUUGCGCCGGGCGGCUCGCCACCGGCAGGAGCAUGUCCGGUGGCUUGCGGCCACCGGAACGCGGUGCGCGGCCGUGGCCGCGGCCCUGGCCCCGGGCAGAAGCACGGCCGCCGGGCCGAUGCAUGCGGAGGACGCGGCCCGGCGCCUUCGCCAGGCGACCAUUGCCCUGGCGCCGCACAACCCGACCCGGCGCUCGCGGCGCAUGGCGGCUCUACUGGCCGAGGAGGGGGGAACGCCCGGGCCCCAGGGACCGAUCGAGUCGGAGGCCCUCCGGGGGGGGACAACCACGGCGGUGGCCACCACGGGAGCCGAGCGUCUGGAGAAUUCGCUCUCCGGUCGGCAGGCCGAGCACGCGGUGCAUAGUUUGCUGGAGCCAGUUCGCCAGCCCACGGCGAAGGUCAACUGGUCGGAGUCCGAGACGGACUCCGAGGAAGAUGCCGCCACGGAUCCCGGCCGGCCGACCGAGCGGCCGGCUCCCCCGGCCGGGGCACGAUACCCGCACCACCAGCGUGCCGGGGCCCUGGCCGAUGCCCUGCGCGGCUUUUGGGACCAGCCGGCUCUGCUGGACGUGGAGUUCGACCAGGCGGCCCUGCGCGGGGGCCCGGGGCAUCUGACCGCGGUCACCGGGCUGGCGACGGAAUUGCCGGUGGCCGUGCCGUCGGCCUCGGCCUCGGCCUCGGCACCGGGGCCCGAUGUGGCCAGGGACCUGGCCCUCGGCGGCUCGGUGGAUCCGGCAGAUGUGGACUACUCCUCGCAGGCGGGGUCCUUCCACUCGUUGGCGGCCGCGGCGGCGCGGGUGUCCGGCGCCCCGCUGGCUUCGCUGCUGUUCGGCGGGCCCGGGCCCGGGGAUGAUGACGGGCACGACUCGCUGGACGAGGAUGACGAGAGUGACUUGGAGUAUGACCGCCAGGCGUCGCAGGUGACGCACAUGCCGCAGGUCCGCCUGUCUUCCCUGCCGGGGGUCGGGGCCGCUCCUGGGGCCCGGGGGUCGUCGUCCCUGGCCACGGCGGGGGGUCGCUUCUCGCUGCCGGUGCUGGGCGGCGGCGGCCACCAGGGUGGCAGUGGCCCGGGCCCGGCGUCGCAGCCCUCGCGCCUGUCGAUCGGCGGCGCGGGAUUCUUGCGCGGCGCGGCGUCCGGCAGCAUGUCGCAGCCGGCGCUCGGCGGGGCCGGCGGUCGGCUCUCCUUCGGGGGGGGGCUCUUCUCGCAGCCGGCCCCCACCGGUGGCUUGGGAGCGUCCUCCCAACGGCCGGGCUUCCAGUCGCAGCCGUCCCUGCGGCAGUCGCUGCCGCCGCUGGCCGGGUCGAUUAAUCCGCUGGCGGAUCCGAGUAGUCAGAAUGACGGUGCGCCGGUGGCGGGCAGUGCUCCGGGCUCCUUGUCGCAGGGGGACCCGGCGCCGCCGGGCGACGCUGGGCCGCGGCGGCUGUCGGCCCUGCCGCGGCUCUCGCUCGGCGGGAGCCAGACCAAAAAGCGUUCGGGAUUUUGACACACGCGCGAGCACGUGUCGCUUUACGGUAUCCGGCGCCGAAAAUGCACCACACAAGCACGACAA